UGUUGAAAGCAUAAACUCGUAAAUAUUAGUCCUCAAAUUCCAAGGAACUAUAGCGAAGACGGAAAGAGAAAAAGUUGAUCAAAGAAAUAUAUAAAGACAAUAAUUAUAUACUAGUCUACUGUCUAACUGAUUAUUAUUUCUAUAUUAUUAUUAGUUGAAAGUCACUGACAGUGACACUGCAUCACUGGGAGUAGGACCCCUAGUACCCUACUUUGCUGGUCACGUUGAUUUUUGCCUAGAUAUUUUUGCCAAUUUUAAAUAUGCCAAAAAGACCAAACCCAUUUGGAGAUGUUGGUCUUCAGCAGUACAAGACCCAUGUAAACCAGAAACUAGUGGAUGUCGGUAGAAAUGGAAACAUGAAAGUAAUAUAUGAAAAAACUAAACAGUUGCUGUACAUGGGUGCUAACAGUAAUGGCCAUGCGUCAGUGAAACAGCAUGAUGAACACGCUUGCAAGACUAUAGGUGCCAACGGUGUGGCAACAAAUGGAAAUCAUUUUGCGCAGCAUAAAGAAUCGCAUUUGUUGGGACAACUUACACUUGAUUCUUCAGGCUACUUGACACACACAUCCCCAUUGCGUACAGGAAAUAGUUCAACAGUACAAGUACAACAAGUCGUUGCCGUUGUGGUAGAGUGUCACCAGUGCAAGAAAAGCUCGGAAUCAUGGAGUAUCUGUGGAUUCUGUGAGAGCAAGAUGUGCCUACCAUGUUCUCUAACAUGCUCCAGAUGUUCAGGAUUAUUUUGCAAUUUCUGCUCUGUUGUAAAUUAUGAGACAUCAGAAGACAGAAUCUUUUGUUUGAACUGUUCUGGUUAGUGGUUUCGUAAUGUAAGUGUCAAAUUGUAGUUGUGUGUUUUUGUAUAUAUUACAUCACAUAUAUAAAAUCGUUAGGUAUACUAUUACCACAGUACAUGCCUUUGGUCAUAAGUCAGGCGUGACAUCGUGGUGCCAUCUAUUGGGAGAAGUAAUUUAUGUGUUCAUUGUCAUCAUUGUACAUAGAAGUGGGAGUGUAAUGCCAGUGUAGUGUGUAUAACAGUGAAUCAUAUAGAUAAAUGUGUUUAGCAACAUUCGGCCACAGUGUGAUGCAUGUCUACAACUUGUUUAUACAUAGUCAACUAUGUUACAGUCCAAAAAAUCGUGUUAUAUAUAUGCUAAUGUUACUACUAUACUUGCAUUGUAGCAUGGUUUUGCAAAGCAUUAUUUUGUAAUAAUCAUUGUGUAGUAAACAAAUGAAAUAUUUUGACAUAGCUGCAUUAAAGAUGUGAAUCAGCAUAGGAGGUGUUAAUGAUAAUACAACAAAUAAACAAAUAACUGAUUGAGAUUUUCAAAGUAAAGGUGCUAAAGUAACUAACUAGCAACAUAUUUUCACAUGGCAUAAUUAUAAAUGUUAUGCUCAUCCUAUUGCAAGCUGCUUUGGCACGUUUUGAAACCAAUUGUGUGUGUCUAUCGGCAUUUGCGACAUUAAUUUUAUUAUCUGCAAUUAGCACCAUGACUACUGCUAACGAUGUGGUAGGUAGUAGUAAUAACUGUAUAGUUGCCACUUGUGUAUUUAUUAUGUUCGCACGGUUUGUUUUAGUUUUGUUCAUAGCUAAUACAUUUAAAAGUAAAUGGUAGGAUGAGUCGGGGCACUGUUCAUACGUACAUCAUAACACUGUCAAAUCCAUAUCAUAAUUCUGUAAAAUUCAUUUGUGUCAUAAUAAAUAUGUUGAUAUUUUUGUAGAAACGUGUAAAUUCAUGUACGUUACAUGUGUUUCAUUAAUUUUUCCUUUGCUGUCUUAAAUUUAAAUGGGGGCAAAUAACCAUGCGGAUUAAUAAUUGUAAAAGCAGGCAUGCACGCGCUUACCCCUCUGUGCUUAUAGUCGAAAUUAAUGGCCAUUUUUUCUCAAUAAAAUUACAAGUUUUUUACACGUA